GGGGGCUCUCGGGUGCUCUGGGCUGGAGAGGCGUUAAGGGUCCACUGUGCCAGCUGGAGCCCCCUGCCCUCCCCCUCCCGGCCCCAGCUUAGAAGUGACACACACUAGAACGAUUUGGGUGGCGGGCUAGGAGGUAAUGCGGGUACAAAGAGGGCACUGGGCUGGGGCUGCCCAACCCUGAGCACUGGAGAUCAGGGGACGGGCAGCGCAGCUGACACUCGGAUGACCUUUUCCCUACAUUCAGCUAUUUUUAGCUCCAAUGCUGCCAUCCUCACGUGAGACCCUUUGGGCCCCCCCAGGUUCCCAGACCUCUGAGCAAUCUCAGCUUGCAGAAAGCCGGCCCGCCCCCACUCCGGAUUCCCACCACAGAGAGGAGGGGACUCUGGUUGCCGCCCCACAUCUGUUUUCUCAACCCAAAUUUGGGAGUGGGUGUCAGGUUCCCGGUGAGGGCGGGGCAGGGAUGGCCAGGCCUGAAGGACAUGGGGACACGGGCCAGAGCGACUGGCCCCACACGCGGACAGGAGCGAACCCAAGCUGUGAAGGCCAACCUCCGGGAUGGCGGAAGCGCACCAGGCCGUGGCCUUCCAGUUCACUGUGACCCCAGAUGGGGUCGACUUCCGGCUCAGUCGGGAGGCCCUAAAACACAUCUACCUGUCCGGGAUCAACUCCUGGAAGAAACGCCUGAUUCGCAUCAAGAAUGGCAUCCUUAGGGGUGUGUACCCUGGCAGCCCCACCAGCUGGCUGGUUGUUGUCAUGGCAACAGUGGGUUCUUCCUACUGCAAGGUGGACAUCUCCAGGGGGCUGGUCUGCUAUAUCCAGAGGUGCCUCCCUGAGGGAUGUGGCCCCUACCAGACCCCACAGACCCGGGCACUUCUCAGCAUGGUCGUCUUCUCCACGGGCGUCUGGAUGACGGGCAUCUUCUUCUUCCGCCAAACCCUGAAACUGCUUCUUUCUUACCAUGGCUGGAUGUUCGAGAUGCAUGGCCAGACCAGCCACUUCACCAAAGUCUGGGCUAUCUGUGUCCGUCUUCUGUCCAGCCGGCGGCCCAUGCUCUACAGCUUCCAGACAUCCCUGCCCAAGCUUCCCGUGCCCAGCGUGCCGGCCACAAUUCAGCGGUACCUGGAAUCUGUGCGGCCCUUGUUGGAUGAUGCGGAAUACUACCGAAUGGAGACGCUGGCCAAGGACUUUCAGGAGAAGACUGCCCCCAGGCUGCAGAAGUACCUGGUCCUCAAGUCAUGGUGGGCAACUAACUAUGUGAGUGACUGGUGGGAAGAGUACGUGUACCUGAGGAGCAGGGCGCCCCUGGUGGUGAACAGCAACUACUACGUCAUGGACUUCGUGUUCAUCCAGAAUACAAACAUACAGGCAGCCCGCCUGGGAAACAUCGUCCAUGCUAUGAUCCUGUAUCGCCGUAAACUGGACCGGGAAGAAAUCAAGCCUGUGAUGGCGCAGGGCAUUGUACCCAUGUGCUCCUCCCAGAUGGAGAGGAUGUUCAACACUACUCGGAUCCCGGGCAAGGAGUCAGACCUGCUGCAGCACCUCUCGGACAGCAGGCACGUGGCUGUCUACCACAAGGGCCGCUUCUUCAAGGUGUGGCUCUACGAGGGCUCCCAGCUGCUCAAGCCUUGCGACCUAGAGAUGCAGUUCCAGAGGAUCCUGGACGACCCCUCCCCACCUCAGCCUGGGGAGGAAAAGCUGGCAGCCCUCACUGCAGGGGGAAGAGCGGAGUGGGCACAGGCACGCCAGGCCUUCUUCAGCUCUGGCAAGAACAAGGCCGCUCUGGAUGCUAUCGAGCGUGCUGCUUUCUUCGUGGCCCUGGACGAGGAGUCUCCCCACUAUGACCCCGAAGAUGAGGCCAGCCUCAGCCUCUACGGCAAGGCCCUGCUACACGGCAACUGCUACAACAGGUGGUUUGACAAGUCUUUCACUAUCAUCGCCUUCAAGAACGGCCAGCUGGGCCUCAACACGGAACACGCGUGGGCAGACGCACCUAUCAUAGGGCACCUCUGGGAGUUUGUCCUGGGCACUGACACCUUCCACCUGGGCUACACAGAGACCGGGCACUGCCUGGGCAAGCCGAACCCCAUGCUUAUGGCUCCCCAGCGGCUGCAGUGGGACAUUCCUGAGCAGUGCCGGGCCAUCAUCGAGAGCUCCUACCAGGUGGCCAAGGCACUGGCAGACGACGUGGAGCUGUACUGCUUCCAGUUCCUGCCGUUUGGCAAAGGCCUCAUCAAGAAGUGUCGAACCAGCCCGGACGCCUUUGUGCAGAUUGCCCUGCAGCUGGCCCACUUCCGGGACAGGGGCAAGUUCUGCUUGACCUAUGAAGCCUCCAUGACCAGGAUGUUCCGGGAGGGACGGACCGAGACCGUGCGUUCCUGUACCAGCGAGUCCACGGCCUUUGUUCAGGCCAUGGUGGAGGGGUCCCACAUGAAAGCAGACCUCCAAGAUCUCUUCCGGAAGGCUUCAAAGAAACACCAGAACAUGUACCGCCUGGCCAUGACAGGGUGUGGGAUAGACAGGCACCUCUUCUGCCUUUACCUGGUCUCCAAGUACCUGGGGGUCAGCUCCCCUUUCCUGGCUGAGGUGCUCUCAGAACCCUGGCGCCUCUCCACCAGCCAGACUGCUCAAUUCCAGAUCCGUAUGUUUGACCCGAACAAGUACCCCAAACACCUGGGUGCCGGUGGUGGCUUUGGCCCUGUGGCAGAUGAUGGCUAUGGGGUUUCCUACAUGAUUGCGGGCGAGAACACCAUCUUCUUCCACGUCUCCAGCAAGUUCUCAAGCUCAGAGACAAAUGCCCAGCGCUUUGGGAACCACAUCCGCCAAGCUCUGCUGGACAUCGCUGAUCUUUUCCAAGUUCGCAAGGCUGACAGCUGAGGGCUGGAGAAAUGCAGCUGCCCUUUCAUCCCUACACUGUGGAAGAAGGGGCCUGUGGUCGGCUCGCAGGCCUAAGGGGUGGCCACGCACAGGUGUCCAGCGUCCAAGGACAGCUCUGGCAGCAGGCACUCCCAAAACAGACGCUGCUCCCUGAGGGCCCAGGUGGUAGAAGUGGGGUUGGAGCAGGGAGGGAAUUUUGACUUUUUUUUUCUUGCUAGACGCUAAUAAAGAUAAGCCUCUGUAAUUCUCUCUUAGCUCUUAGGUACCUUUGUUUUAUUUGGGGACUAGGAGGCCCUCCCCUGCCUAAGCUCAGACCAGAGAGGUAGCAGGGGGAGGAGAUGGGGCUGGGAGACUGAGAGGCUUGUGACCUACUUUGCAAUGCAUGUUUCUCCCGAGGUCACCACCGUCCACACCCACUUGGACUAAACUCUUGUUUCACAACCUUCACCUGUUCCCUGGGGCCACUUCUGUUUGUCUGCCAGAGAGAGGGGCCCAGCUGCCAGUUCCCAGCUGCCAUGAACGGUCAUGCCCUCUGCACACCUCUGGGCUGGGGCACAGCCCUGUGGAGGCCCAUGGCCGCCUCCUGGCCAUAGGGAAGGGCUAGAAUCCCAGGCCUGCAGUCCACACACCAAGUGGUCGUGUCUGUGAGAGGGCACACAGUAUAAUCUGGAGCAACACAUGCUCCUUCCCUCAGGUUGACUUUUUACAUUAAAAUAACAUUA